UUAUAAACAAACCUGCACACUCCGGACGACCAAGAAGCUCCCCAUUCUGCAUCUCUCUCGAACAAUCACUAUUCUUAAUCAAGAGUGAAACAACCAGCCAUGGCCCCCCAAGUCGUCGUCCUCGCAGGUGGAACCGGCGGUUUCGGACGCUACAUCACCGAAGAAAUCACCAAAACCCCCGACUACUCCGUUGUAAUCUUAACCCGAUCGCAACCCCCACCCUGGGCCACUCACUCCAGAGUCAUAACCCACCAAACUGACUACACCGUCGACUCGCUCGUCGCCAUCCUCAACACUUACCGCGCCACAGCCCUCCUCUCGCUCGUGCGCUGCCCCAACAACGACUACAUCCCGCUGCACACCAACCUCCUCAACGCCUGUCUCACCUCCGACACCUGCAAGCGCUUCAUCCCCUCGGAAUGGGCCGGCAACAUCGACGAGUUCCCCAACCUGCCGCGCUCCUACGGCCUCACCCGCGCCCCGUUCCGGGAGACGCUGCGCGAGGCUAGCAGUAAGAACAACCUACAAUGGACGAUCUUCAAUUUCGGCUGGUUCGCGGACUACUUCCUUCCCAUGGACAAGACGUACCUAGCGUACAUCCCCGGAGAGUUUCCGAUUGAUCAGCCCACGUGGACGUAUUCCGUCAAGGGGUCGGGGGAUGAGCUGCAGUCGUGGACGUGGUCGAGGGAUGUGGCGAGGGCGGUGGUGUUGUUGCUGGGGAAGGAGAUCUGGGAACCGGUCACAUACGCAUCCAGUGAGUGGGGCACAUUCAACGAGGGCGCGAAAAUGGUGGAAAAGCAUUUCGACCGCCCCCUCAAGCGAGAGCACCGUUCCCGCGAGCAGAUCCUAGCCGACGUGGAGCAUCAGCUUACUGUUCCCGACGAGGAGAACGUCUCGCUCGCCGAGCUGGAGGAGAGCACCAUUCUCGGGGCGAUUUGUUGCCCCAGGGAGAAGACCCUGCGGCAGAGGGAGGAAUACUUUGCAGGGAUGAAGUUUGUAGAGCUCAAAGAGUUGUUGGCGAUGGCUGAGGAGGAGGGAUUUCAUUAAUGUCCGUGAGGCAGUGCUUGUGCUGAGAGGGUGUUCAUGGUAUAUUGACACUUGAGAGGAGUUAUUUGUAGCUCGUAAUUAAUGCUAACGGUGUCCGUGGAUUCUUGGACUGGCUUUGGG